AUGCACGGUUUCUCCGACUUCACCCUUGGGCUCGCCACUCCCUUUCCGAGGGUGUGCCUCGCGGAACCGCCGAUUGGUCUCACAGCGGGCGGGCCGUUGUCAUUCGACGUCCAAAACCCAUUCAACGCCACCUGUGAGGCCGUUCUCGCGUACUCAGACCCCAACUUCCUUCCCACAUCAUUUGUAUUCGAGCCAACCACCUGCUCGGGCGUGCAGGUGGCACAGCUGAUUGUGCCCCCCGAGGCUCCCAACGGGAAUGCAACUGUAUCCUUCCGCUGUGAGGGCCAGCCAUCCGAAGCAUGCAACCAUGCGGUCAUCUCGAAAGGCCUCAACCGCUCCGAAUCCAUCACCAACGUGCAUAAUGGCGUGAGUGGUUGUGUCGAGCCUGUUCUCGUCGUAACGACCCUCUUAGAGACCAUGACGAGCGGUAGCACUGCCGCCAUACAGACCCUGAUAUCGUCUGUCCAGACGAGCACGACCAGGUUCCCUGGUAGCAUGCCCACAAGCGAGUCCUCCCCAAGGAACCUCGCAAGUCCCUCAGGGACUACUCAGGAGCUGAGAAGCACAACCAACUCCGUAUUCCCAGCGCCUACGACAAGCAGUCUCACCCCCGACGAACCCCUCACUAGCACGGAGUCACACUCAUGGGCUGAUCCAGCUUUCACCCCGGUUCAAAGGACAUCUACAUCGACCCAGACCACGGCCUCGUCUAAGGGCGGCCCAAACUUCACGGACGGGAUCACCAUACCUAUAUCAAGCGCCAACAGCACUCUUCGGCCUUUGUCCAUGACUAUUUUGACAAGCCUGAGCACGGUGACCCUUGUGUCGACCCUAACAUCCCUGACAAGCGGCAUGUGUGAUCCAACAACAACAAAUACCAAGUGUGGGCUGUAG